GCAGUGAGUGGGAGAAGACAAAGAAAAUAAAAUGAAGAAGGAAACAGUAGUGAUAGUAGCAGGAGCUGGGCCUUCUGGAAUCUCCACUUCUGCAUGUUUAAACCUUCACUCCAUCCCUCACAUAGUCCUUGAAAGAGAAGACAUUUACUGUCCCAUAUGGACUAAGAAGUCCUAUGAUCGUCUCCACCUUCACUUAGCCAAGCAAUUCUGUGAGCUCCCACAUCUCCCAUUCCCUGACUCAUACCCAACUUAUGUACCCAGAAAGCUAUUUGUCCAGUACUUGGAAGACUAUGUAACCCAGCUCAAGGUGAACCCGGUUUAUAACCGGUCCAUCGAAUCGGCGGCGUUCGACAAGGCCACCGGAAAAUGGCUUGUCAAGGCAAAGAACAUAAAGACAGAUGACAUGGAGGAGUAUAGCUCAAGAUUUCUAGUGGUGGCCACCGGCGAGACAACCGACCCGUUUAUACCGGAGAUUGAAGGGAUAGAGAGCUUCUCAGGGGAGUUCUUGCACUCCACAAAAUAUAAGACUGGUGCACCAUUUGCUAACAAGAGUGUCUUGGUUGUUGGGUGUGGUAAUUCUGGGAUGGAGAUUGCUUAUGAUCUAUCAAAUUUUGGAGCUAAGACCUCCAUUGUUAUUCGAAAUCCGCUUCAUGUUAUCACCCGGUGGAUGAUGUAUGUGGAAUUGGAGUUGUUGAAGCAUCUACCUUAUGACAUGGUGGAUGGAUUUGUUCUCUUGCUUAGCAAGUUUUGGUAUGGAGAUUUGAGCAAGUAUGGGUUAACGAGGCCACAAGAAGGUCCUUUCGCCAUGAAAGAUAAGUAUGGUAAAUAUCCAAUCGUCGACGUCGGCACCAUCGGGAAGAUUAAGUCCGGCGAGAUUCAGGUUUUUCCGGGAAUAUCAAGUGUAAAAGACGAUGAGGUGAUCUUCAUAGAUGGCAAGUCCUAUCAGUUUGAUGUGAUUUUGUUUGCCACAGGAUUUCAAAGAACAACACAAAAAUGGCUCAAGGAUGAUGAAGACCUUCUCGAUAAGGAUGGGAUUCCGAAACAAAGUUAUCCUAAUCAUUGGAAGGGAAAGAAUGGCUUGUAUUGUGCAGGACUGGCAAGGAAAGGUUUGUAUGGAACUGCCAUGGAUGCCCAAAAUAUAGCUAAUGAUAUCAAGAAACUAUUGUGAAGCAAUCAAUUACAAGGGACUUUAUUCAUUAAGUAUAUAAGUAAAGAGUGAAUUAGAUUUGUAUAUUCUAUAUAUGUUCGAACUUAUGCGUGUUGAAUCCAUAAUCUUCAUAAUAUUCAGGAAAAACACCUUGAAUGGCAAUGCAUUCUUUUUCUUCU